UCUUUCACUUACACUCGGUGAACAGUUACAGGCUCUGUCUCGUAGAGCCCUUCCCCUCCACAUGCUAUUGUAAUCUGAGAGCCUGGUUCGAAAAAUGGGGGGUCUCUUGAUUCCCUUAUCAUUUGUACUGACGGUUUCUCAUGUUGGAUCACUGUAGACGCAACCAAGGUGGCGAACUGCUCGAGACUCAGUUGUGUUAUCACUGUUGCUGUCGCCCCAACUCAGCUCAGUUGUUGUUGUUGUUGCUGUAGAUUGUUGGUGGUGGGAGCCCUGAAGCUGUUGCGGACUCAGUUUGGGGGAGUGUGUGGAGGACGUAUUAGUGUACUGUUGCUGUGAAUGCUUCGUGAAGAUUUGAGGUUAGAUGGGGAGUGAUUAGUGGAGUGGGUAGCCUGUCACAUCGGAUUUUUCAAAAAAAUAAAUGUCUUGUGUCUAGUUGUUAUCGAGUGAGUGGAAGAGUGUUUCGGAAUGCGGUGCAAAACAUGCAAGAUUGCAAAUGGGUGGAUCUGUGCUUUGCUGGUUUCUGUGUAGGUUGUUCGUUUGUAGCUUUUGAAUUCUGUUCUUGCGGUGUUCGAUGGUUUGGCGUGAGAGUGCCAGUGUGCAGAUGACGGGCGUUUGUUGUAGGAAAAGUUUUUCAGAGUGUGUGUAAAGUGGAUUAGUUUGUGAAAUGGAGGGGCAGUUUCACACAUGCUGAAGUGCGAGGCUUGUGAAGGUUCGUCUGCACGGUCGCUAGAGAUUUUCAAGUCUUCUGGGCUGGUUUUGCAUCACAAACCCUUACAGCAAACACACCAUCUGAACACCUGCAAGUAAUAUGGCAUCGAAAAUUAUUAUGGAGGAUUCCCGAAAGUCUACAAAGCCUUUACCCUGGGCGGAUAAGUUUUGCGACUAUAUUGAGAGGGGCAUUUUGUGGUUUUUUGAUGAUUAUAACAGCAAAAAGACAAAUUACUGGAUUAAAAAUAACUAUGCUCCAGCUGAUGAGCAUGACCCUGCAACCAAUCUUCACGUUGUCGGUACCAUCCCUGAAUGUAUGAAUGGAGAAUUUUUGCGGGUUGGUCCAAAUCCCAAAUUCCAGCCAGUUGCUUCAUAUCAUUGGUUUGAUGGAGAUGGAAUGAUACAUGGACUGAAGAUUAAGGAUGGAAACGCCACUUACGUUUCUCGGUAUGUGAAAACUAGCCGACUCCAACAAGAAGAAAAAUAUGGGGCAGCCAAGUUUCUUAAGAUGGGAGAUUUGAGGGGACCGAAAGGUAUGCUGUACAUUCGGCUCCAUAAACUCCGUGCCAGGCUUGGGGUCAUUGACCUCUCUCGGGGUGCAGGAACAGGCAAUACGGCACUCAUAUAUCACAACAAGAAGCUCCUGGCACUGAACGAAGGCGACAAACCUUAUGCAAUGAGAGUGUUAGAAGAUGGCGACCUUGAGACACUGGGUCGUGUUGACUAUGGAGGCAAAUUGCAGCACCCCUUCACUGCCCAUCCCAAAGUGGAUCCUAUCACCGGAGAGAUGUUCACUUUUGGAUAUGAGAUCGACAAAUCCCCCCCACAAAUUACCUAUCGUGUGAUAUCCAAAGAUGGAAUUAUGCAGGACCCCGUUUGCAUACACUUGCCUCAGAUUGUCAUGAUGCAUGACUUUGCCAUCACGGAAAAUUAUGCAAUCUUUAUGGAUCUUCCCCUCCUGAUGGACGGCGAAAGUAUGAUGAAAGGAAACUUCUUUAUCAAGUUCGACGAAACCAAAGAAGCUCGGUUGGGAGUACUUCCUAGAUACGCCACUAACGAGAGUCAGCUUCGCUGGUUCACCAUUCCCGUGUGUUUCAUAUUUCACAACGCGAACGCUUGGGAGGAAGGCGAUGAAAUUGUCUUGCAUUCUUGUCGAAUGGAAGAAAUAAACCUAACGACGGCAGCAGACGGAUUCAAAGAAAAUGAACGCAUUUCUCAACCUAAAUUGUUUGAGUUUAGGAUCAACCUUAAGACUGGUGAGGUGAGACAGAAACAGCUCUCAGUUCUGGUGGUGGAUUUUCCAAGGGUCAACGAGGAGUAUAUGGGAAGGAAAACUCAAUAUAUGUAUGGAGCCAUUAUGGACAAAGAGUCUAAAAUGGUAGGAGUCGGAAAGUUCGACCUAUUGAAAGAACCAGAGGUGAACCCCAAGUCUCUCGAAGAAGGAGGCGACAUUGAAGGUGUAUUUCUGUAUGGACCCGGGAGGUUCGGUGGAGAAGCUAUUUUCGUGCCUCGCAACCCCGGAAGGGAUGGACCGGAAGACGACGGAUAUUUAAUUGUCUUCGUGCACGAUGAGAUCAAGGAUAAAUCGGAGGUUGUAAUAAUUGAUGCCAAGGCAAUGGCGGCUGAUCCAGUAGCGGUUGUAAGCAUGCCAACGAGAGUCCCUUACGGAUUUCAUGCAUUCUUCGUCACUGAGGAACAACUGAAAAACCAAAGCUGAAACUCGGACAUUGGGUGGAAAAUUCCAGAAGCCUUUUAUGAAGGCUCAUGGCCCGGCAGGGUGGUCUUUGCUUCUUACAUAGUGUAUCUAGUAGUUGAAUUUGCAGAGGGUGCCUUGUUCCUGUAGUACCAUAGUUGUAGGAUUGCUGUGAAUGUUAACUGGUGACUAAUGUACCGAAAAUGCUACUUUUUUUGUACUGUAUCUGUAUAAAGCAGUUGUUUUGCUGAUACCAAUUGGAACUUUUUCACUUC